GUCUCAAUAAAGGCAAAAGCAAUCAAAUUAAGCAAUGCCUGGGCACAUCAAGAAAAACGUAGGUCCUGAUCCAGAUCCAUCCCCGUGGUUGAUCGUCAGUGAUGAACUGAAGGUCAAGCUAAAGUCAAAGCCUUACGAUCCCAAAAAGUCAUGCUGGGUCCCUGACAAGAGCUCUGGUGGCUAUUUGGAGGGUUUGAUAGAAGCAACUGAUGGAGACAAGGUCACCGUCAAGAUCCUGGGAUCUGGAGACAAAAAGGUUUUCAAGAAGGAUCAAGUGGGUCAGGUCAAUCCUCCCAAGUUUGACUGUUGCGAUGACAUGGCUGGUUUGACUUACCUCAAUGACGCCUGCGUCUUGUGGAACUCCGUGGUUAGGUACAAGAAUGAGCUCAUCUACACCUACUCUGGUCUCUUCUGUAUCGCCAUCAACCCCUACAAACGGUUCCCCAUCUACACUCAACGAGCCAUUGAAUUGUACAUUGGCAAGCGACGAACUGAGGCUCCCCCUCAUAUCUUUGGUGUAGCUGAAGGAUCCUACCAGGGUAUGAUGUUGGCCGGCAAAAAUCAGUCCAUCCUGAUUACUGGCGAGUCUGGAGCUGGAAAGACUGAGAACACCAAGAAGGUCAUUGCUUACUUUGCUGCCGUUGGUGCAUCAGGCAAGAAGAAAGAAGGCGAGGCCUCUCUUGAGGACAAGAUCGUUCAGACCAAUCCUGUGUUGGAAGCUUGGGGUAACGCCAAGACCGUGAGAAAUGACAACUCCUCGCGAUUUGGAAAGUUCAUCCGCAUCUGGUUCAACCAAGGUGGCAAGCUCUCUGGAGCUGAUAUGGUCAUCUACCUCUUGGAGAAGUCCCGAUUGACUUUCCAAGCCGAGUUGGAGCGAUGUUACCACGCUUUCUACAAUCUAAUGUCAGAUGCCGUCCCUGAUUUGAAGCAGAAGUGCCUUCUGUCUGACAACAUCUACGACUAUUGGUGGGUGUCUCAAGGAAAGACCUCUGUGGAGUCCAUCGACGACAAAGAGGACAUGCAGUUUGCCCAUGAUGCCUACAGGAUUCUUGGGUUUAGCGAGGAGGAGACCUACAACAUCUACAAGCUCACCUCUGUCGUUAUGCACAUGGGAAACAUGACCAAGGACUUUGUGCCAGUGGGCAAAGAGGAACAGGCUGAAAUCAAAACUGAGGACAACUCUCAAAAGGUUGCUGAGUUGUGUGGCAUUGAUGCCGAAUGGAUGAUCAACUACUUCUGCAAGCCCAAGCUGAAGGUCGGUACCGAAUGGGUUACCAAGGGUCAAACUUGUCCUCAGGCUUCCAACUCCGUGGCUGGUAUCGCUCGUAAGAUCUAUGAGCUGACUUUCCGAUUCAUCAUGGAGAAGUGUAACGAGACUCUUGUGGACCCAUCCAUGAAGAAAGUCCAAUACAUUGGAUGCUUGGAUAUUGCUGGCUUCGAGAUCUUCGACUACAACGGCUUCGAACAGAUCUGUAUCAACUUCUGUAACGAAAAACUUCAACAGUUCUUCAACCAGCACAUGUUCGUCUUGGAACAAGAAGAAUACGUUCGAGAGGGUAUUGAUUGGGCCAAUGUGGAUUUCGGUAUGGAUUUGCAGAAAUGUAUCGACAUGUUUGAGAAGCCCAUGGGUCUCCUGGCCAUUCUUGAAGAGGAGUCUCUUUUCCCCAAGGCCACUGAUCAAACUUUUGCCGCCAAGCUUCACGAGAAUUUGCUUGGAAAGUGUGAGAACUUCCAGAAAGCCAGUCCCAAGCCUGAUCCCCAUGCUCACUUUGCCGUGAUCCAUUAUGCCGCCACUGUUUCCUACAAUCUAACAGGAUGGCUCGAGAAGAACAAGGACCCUCUCAAUGACUCCGUGGUUGAAUUGUUUAAGAACGGAAGCAACAAGUUGUUGAUCGAAUGUUUCAAGGAUCAUCCUGGUCAACCCUUGGAGGCCAAAAAGGAUUCCGGUGGACCCCGAAAGAAGGGCGGCGGCAAGACCGUGUCUUCUUUCUACAAGGGUCAACUGGAUGACCUCAUGAAGACCCUGUACGCCACUGAUCCUGCGUUCAUCCGUUGUGUGGUGCCCAACACUCACAAGAAACCCGGAGGAGUGGAGCCUGGUCUGGUUAUGCAUCAAUACCAAUGUAACGGUGUCUUGGCUGGCAUUGCCAUUUGCAGAAAGGGAUUCCCGAACAAGGUUAGCUAUCCUGAGUUCAAGACCCGCUACAACAUUUUGGCUGCCGCUGCUGUUGCCAAGGCCAAAAAGGAUAAGGAUGCUGCCAAAGCUGUUUUGGACGUGGUAAAACUUGAGCAAGAAAAGUACCGUCUUGGCCACACCAAGGUGUUCUUCAGGGCUGGUAUCUUGGGUUACAUGGAGGAGGUACGCGAAGACAGGAUCGGUGAGGUUCUCUCUUGGUUGCAAUCCCAAGCCCGUGGUAAGACAUCUCGUAUGGUCUUCAAGAAGAUGCAAGAUCAAAAGCUGGCUCUUUACUGCUGUCAGCGAACCAUUCGUAAUUACUACAUUGGUAAGACCUGGUUAUGGUGGCAAUUGUGGUUGGCCAUCAAGCCCAAGCUUAAAUGCACUCAAUUUGCCAAGUUCAAGGCCGAAUACGAGGAGAAGAUUUCCAUUGCCGAAAAGAACAUGGCCAAGGCUGUUUCUGAUUGCAAAAAGGUUACGGCUGAACACGAGCGCCUGUCUGCUGAAAAGUCCGAUCUUCAGCUUGCCCUUCAAAGUGGUGGAUCGGCAGUUCAAGACAUCAUUGACAAGACCAAUCGUAUCGAGGGCAUGAAAAACGACUUGCAAAAGCAAGUGGAUGAAACUGAGAAGCGUAUCCGAGAGGAAGAAGAGUCUCGGGCCCAGAUUCAAAAUCAGGGUGGGAAAGUCAGUCAAGAAGCCGACAAAUUGAGAGGAGAAAUCAAGGAACUUGAAGCCAAAAUGGUCCAGUGUGAAGAGGACAAGAUGGCAAAGGAUGGGCAAAUCAACACCCUGAAGGAAGAGAUCUCUCACCAAGAGGACCUCAUUGCUAAGUUAAGCAAGGAAAAACGAGGUGUAACCGAUAACAAGCAAAAGGUUGAAGAAGACAUCCAAUCCUUUGAGGACAAGUGCAAUCACUUGAAUAAGGUUAAGAACAAGUUGGAACAAUCUUUGGACGAGGUUGAAGACUCUUUGGAGAGGGAAAAGAAAGCCAAAGCCGAUGUCGAAAAGCUGAAGCGACGAGUUGAGAGUGACUUGAAGCUUACCCAAGAGGCUGUUAGCGAUUUGGAACGUGUCAAAGCUGAACUCACCCAAACCAUUCAGCGCAAAGAAAAAGAACUUUCCAGCAUGGGAGCUAAGAUUGAAGACGAGCAGACCCUAGGUGGCAAAUAUCACAAGCAAACCAAGGAACUUCAAUCUCGAUUGGAAGAAUUGGACGAAGAGUUGUCUAUUGAGCGAACCAAUCGUGCCAAGGCUGAAAAAAGUCGAGCUAUUCUGUCCCGAGAUAUUGAGGACUUGGCUGAGAAACUCGAGGAUGCUGGUAACCAUACUUCCACCCAAAUUGAGCUGAACAAGAAACGUGAGAGUGAGCUCCACAAACUCAAGGCAGAGUUGGAGGAAUCCAACAUUGCUCAUGAAGGCACUUUGGCCGCUUUGCGACAAAAGCAUAACAACACCAUGUCUGAGUUGGGAGAGCAAAUCGACUCCAUCAACAAGAUGAAGGCCAAGACUGAGAAAGACAAGGCCAAUAUGGAGCGGGACUUGCAAGAUAAUCGAUCGGCUUUGGACGAAGCUAUGCGCGAGCGUGCCAACAUCGAGAAAAAUGGAAAGAUGACCCAAGGAUUGAUUGUGGAGGGAAACCAGAAGUUGGACGAGUUGGCUCGAGCCUUGAACGAAUCUGACGCCACGAAGAAGAAACUGAACGUGGAAAACCAAGAUCUUCAACGUCAAAUUGAGGAUACUGAGAAUGCUAUCGCCCAAUUGAGCAAGCAAAAGAUUUCUUUGUCCACCCAACUUGAGGAUACCAAGAGACUGGCUGACGCGGAGGCUAGAGAUCGUUCCUCUUUGCUGAGCAAGUAUAAAAGUUUAAGUUCAGACUUGGAAACCAUUCGCCAACGUUGCGAGGAGGAAUCUGAGAGGAAAUCCGAUUUGUUGAAGGGACUCUCAAAAGCUCAAGCCGAAGCUCAACUCUGGAAAUCCAAGUACGAGACCGAAGGCUUGUCGAGGAUUGAUGACCUCGAGAGUGGCAAAGGCAAACUCCAAGCCAGAAUUGCUGAGGCCGAAGAGACCAUUGAAUCAUUGAAUGUGAAGGUUGCUAGCACCGAGAAGACCAAGCAUCGCUUGGAAACUGAACUUGAGGAUCUUCAGCUUGAGUAUGAACGUGUUCAUGCCUCGGCCGUUAUUUCCGAGAAGCGUGCCCGCAAUUUUGACAAGGUCAUUGGAGAAUGGAAGGCCAAGGUGGACGAUCUUCAAGCUGAAGUUGAAGCUACCAAUUCUGAAGCUCGAAACUACAACAGUGAGUUGUUCCGUCUUCGAGCCGCAUGGGAUGAGACUGUUGAACAAUUGGACGUGGUGAAAAGAGAGAACAAGAAUUUGGCGGACGAGAUCAGGGAUCUCUUGGACCAAUUAGGAGAUGGUGGCCGAUCCAUUCAUGAAUUGGACAAACAACGCCGUCGUCUUGAGGUUGAGAAGGAAGAACUCCAAGCUGCUUUGGAGGAGGCCGAGGCUGCUCUGGAACAAGAGGAAAAUAAGGUUUUGAGGGCUCAACUAGAACUUGGCCAAGUUCGUCAAGAAAUCGACCGAAAGAUCCAAGAAAAAGAAGAAGAGUUCGACAACACCAGGAAGAACCAUCAACGUGCCAUGGACUCCAUGCAAGCUUCUUUAGAGGCUGAAGCUCGGGCCAAGGCUGAGGCUCUUAGGAUCAAGAAGAAGCUUGAGACCGAUAUCAACGAGUUGGAGAUAGCUUUGGACCAUGCCAACAAAGCUAACGCCGAAGCCCAUAAAUCAAUCAAAAGGUACCAAGCGCAGUUGAGGGAAACUGAAACUGCAUAUGAGGAGGAAUCCCGCCAACGCCAAGAGAUUUCAGAGAGAGCCGGACUGGCUGAUCGCAAGGCCAAUGCUCUUCAAGGCGAGUUGGAAGAGGCUCGAGCUCUCUUGGACUCCGCUGACCGUGGAAAGAGGCAAGCCGACCAAGAAUUGUCCGACUCUCGAGGAGCGGUCAAUGAAAUGACUGCCAUCAAUAACCGAGCCACUGCCGACAAGAGGCAAUUGGAAUCGAUAAUUCACACUCUUCAUGCUGACAUUGAUGACAUGCUCCAACAAGCCAAGAACUCCGAAGAGAAGGCCAAGAAAGCCAUGGUCGAUGCUGCCAGACUCGCUGAUGAGUUGAGGGCCGAGCAAGAUCAUUCUAAUACACAAGAGAAACACAAGCGGGCUCUCGAAGGACAAUUGGCUGAGUUGGAGCAAAGAUUGAUUGAUGCCAAUGAGUCUGCAGCACGUUUGGGUCGCAACGCCAUGGCCAAGUUAGAGUCUCGAAUUCGCGAGUUAGAGAUCGAGUUGGGCAACACCCAAGCUGGAACCUCGGAAACGUAUAAGGCUUACCAGAAGUGUGAGCGUCGCAUCAAGGAAUUGCAGUUCCAACAAGACGAGGACCACAAGAACCAGGAGAGGAUGAGUGAGUUGGCCACCAAGCUUCAACAGAAGAUCAAGACUUAUAAGAAGCAGAUCGAGGAAGCCGAAGAGAUUGCAGCUCUCAACUUGGCUAAGUACCGUAAGGCUCAACAAGAGCUUGAGGAGGCCGAAGAUCGCACCAAGAGCGCCGAGGUUCAAUUGUCGAAUUCGCGACAGUUCCGAGCUGGUUCAAUCUUUUAGAAAAAUAACAGUUUGUCUUCUUGUUCCAUUAAGACACGACCCCCAACCGACCUGGACGAGUUUUCGGCGAUAGAUUCACCCCAUUCCUAUCCCAACCUUGGUUUUGUUGUCCCUUCACCCGGUCUAGUAGUCGAGCAUUAAAUAAUCAACCAAAAAAAAAUCUCCACAUCAACUUUUAUGUUGCAAAUGCAGUCAAAUCAUUUGGAGAAUGCAUGUGUGAACCUUUUGUUCUCAACUUUUCAUAAAGGGCAUUUGGUCGAUCAAGGGCAAUCCAAUACAAAUAAAUUUCAUGCAACAUCCAUCAA